AUGUAUUUUCUGCCGUUUACUAUAAUAGUUGCAUGUACAUUUCUUACAAUAAAAAAGCUGAUUUUUAAACCAAUAUCUCCAAAUGAUCAAUUAGCAAUGAGUGCUCGUCGUAACCGUCGCAUUUCACUAAUGUUGUUAAUGAUGUGUUUGACGUAUGCUGUUUGUACUGUACCUAAUCGUUUAUGUUUUUCCAUUUUUGCAAAUCAAAUUAUUGGACAUGACUAUACCGACACAGUAUUUCUUGCUACAAAUACAUUAAUGUAUACAAGAAAUGCGAUGAAUGCCUUAUUUCUUUAUAUAUCCGUCCAUAGAUUUAAACAAUAUAUACGUAAAAUCGUAUUAGAAUGUCUUGGUAAACGACCACAUCCAGUAGAACCAAGAAAUAAUACAAUGACAAGAGAUUAUGUGGCUGUAAUAAAGACGUUUUAA